UGGACCUGGGAGAAGCCGCAGCCGUGCCUCAAACAGCCUUGGGACUCUCUGCCUCCACGACAGGGCCAAGGCUAUGCAGCCCUAGGGGUCUGAGUCUCCCCCAUACCCAUUAAGAGGCCAGAAGUUUUGGGUUCGAGGCUCGGCCCCAGAGUGACCUGAACUAGUCACAGUCCCCGCACUCUCAUCUUGAGGAGGGUCACGCAGCACAAUGCCAGCUCUGCCCCUGGACCAACUGCAGAUCACCCACAAGGACCUGAAGACAGGGAAGCUGAGGACUUCACCAGCGCUGCACCCUGAGCAGAAGGCAGACCGGUAUUUUGUGUUAUACAAACCGCCCCCUAAAGACAACAUUCCUGCCCUAGUGGAGGAGUACCUGGAACGCGCCACCUUCGUAGCCAAUGACCUCGACUGGCUCCUGGCCUUGCCUCACGAUAAAUUCUGGUGCCAGGUCAUCUUCGAUGAGACCCUGCAGAAGUGUCUGGACUCCUACCUGCACUAUGUCCCCAGAAAGUUCGAUGAGUGGGUGGCCCCAGCCCCUGAGGUUGUUGACAUGCAGAAGCGCCUCCAUCGAAGCGUUUUUCUCACCUUCCUCCGAAUGUCCACUCACAAGGAAUCCAAAGAUCACUUCAUUUCCCCCUCUGCAUUUGGAGAAAUCCUCUACAAUAACUUCCUGUUUGACAUCCCAAAGAUCCUGGACCUCUGCGUGCUCUUUGGAAAAGGCAACUCGCCACUGCUCAAGAAGAUGAUAGGAAACAUCUUUACCCAGCAGCCAAGUUACUAUAAUGACCUGGAUGAAACCAUGCCCACCAUCCUUCAGGUCUUCAGCAAUAUCCUCCAGCACAGUGGUUUGCAAGGGGACGGGGCCAGCGCCACACCACAGAAGCUUGAAGAGAGGGGCCGGUUGACGCCCAGUGACAUGCCCCUCCUGGAAUUAAAGGACAUUGUUCUCUACCUCUGUGAUACCUGCACUACGCUCUGGGCCUUUCUGGAUAUCUUCCCUUUGGCUUGCCAAACCUUCCAGAAACACGACUUCUGUUACAGACUUGCUUCCUUUUAUGAAACAGCAAUUCCUGAGCUGGAGUCUGCAAUUAAGAAGAGGAGGCUUGAAGACAGCAAGCUGCUAGGUGACCUAUGGCAGAGGCUGUCCCAUUCCAGAAAGAAGCUACUGGAGAUUUUUCAUACCAUCCUGAAUGAGAUCUGCCUUCUCCCUGUCCUAGAAAGCAGCUGUGACAGCAUUCAGGGCUUCAUUGAGGAAUUCCUUCAGAUCUUCAGCUCUUUGCUGCAGGAGAAGAGGUUCCUCCGGGACUACGAUGCGCUCUUCCCUGUGGCCGAUGAUGUCAGCUUGCUGCAGCAGGCCUCGUCAGUCUUAGAUGAGACACGGACUGCCUACAUCCUCCAGGCAGUUGAGAGUGCGUGGGAAGGGGCAGACCGACAGAAAGCCACAGGUGCUAAAGACCCGCCAGUGGCCGAGGAUCUUAAUGGGGUUGUGGCAACAGCGGAGCCAGGUGGACUGGCAUCGCAUCCGGAGAACUCGGAGCGAGUGGAGCUCUCUCCACAGUGCUUGGGGGCAGCUGCUGCCCUGGGCCCCGCCGUGUGUGGUGUGGAGCUGGACUCACUCAUCUCCCAAGUGAAAGACCUGCUCCCGGACCUCGGGGAGGGCUUCAUCCUGGCCUGCCUGGAGCACUAUGGCUAUGACCCGGAGCAGGUGAUCAACAACAUCCUGGAGGAGCGGCUGGCCCCUGCCCUCAGCCAGCUGGACCGCAGCCUAGACAGACAGGUGAAGCCAGACCCAACGCCUCUGCUGACUUCUCGUCACAACGUCUUCCAGAACGACGAGUUUGACGUGUUCAGCAGGGACUCAGUGGACCUGAGCCGGGUACACAAGGGCAGGAGGAAGGGGGAGAGCACACGGAGCCUGGUGAACGACAAGCGAGAGGUGGUGGCUCAGCGGCAACGCUAUGAGCAGUACAGUGUGGUGGUGGAAGAGGUGCCACUGCAGCCAGGUGAGGGCCUGUCCUACCGUGGUGAUGACUAUGAGGAUGAGUAUGAUGACACGUAUGAUGGCAAUCAGGUGGGCGCCAACGAUGCUGACUCUGAUGAUGAGCUCAUCAGCUGCAGGCCCUUCACCAUCCCUCAAGUGCUAAGAACCAAAGUGCCUGCAGAAGGGCAAGAGGAGGAUGACGAGGAGGAGGAUGAAGCUGAAGAGGAGGCCCCCAAGCCCGACCACUUUGUGCAGGACCCUGCGGUGCUGCGGGAGAAAGCAGAAGCCAGGCGCAUGGCCUUCCUCGCCAGGAAGGGGUACCGGCAUGACAGCUCGACAGCGGUGGCCGGCAGCCCCCGGGGCCACGGGCAGAGCCGUGAGACAACGCAGGAACGCAGGAAGAAGGAAGCUAACAAGUCCACACGAGCCAAUCACAACCGGAGGACCAUGGCCGACCGCAAAAGAAAUAAAGGCAUGAUUCCAUCCUGAGGCCGCCACGUCAGGGCCAGAUGGGAGGCAGCGGUACCAAGCCCACCAGGCUGCAAUUUCUGUAGCCUGAGGCCUCCUCACCAGGACCCCAAGUUCAACUCGACCCCUCGACAGCCUCAGCUUUGCAGUCCCUGAGAAGGCCACCUCGUCCACCUGCCAAGUGUGAGCACCUUUGUCAGAACACACAGUGCCUUAUCCCACAGCAGAGGAAUCCAUGGGGCCAGCAAGCAGGCGAAAGGGAUGGGGACAGAGCCCCAAGGCAAGCCCCCCAGACCUUGUGCAGCAAGACACCACUCCCCUUUUUCCCUGGACGCCAGGAAACCUGUAUAUUCAAAAACAAAAACAAUAAAAGGCCUGCAGAUAAAGUGUUUAACCCUUUUAAGCAAUCACCCAUGAUGUGCUCUUGACCCAUUUCCCACUGUCCCAUCCAUUCUUCAGUGACAGCCACUGUCUGGAAAGGAAGAGGGCCAGAUGUCGCCGUGUUCUUCUCACGAACAUUUCAUGCCUGCCUCUCAUUGCGACCCUUCCUGACUCGGCUCCGCCUUGCUGUGUGUCCCUGAGAACAGCACUCCCUCCUCUGAACCUCCAGUCCCUGCUUGUGGAAGGAAGGACUCAGGUUGUGAGGUGUGUCAUCUCAUUUAGUCACCGCCACCUCCACCUGAGGGUGUGGGCACUGCUGUCAGCCCGAGUACCGAUGAGGCAGGCGAGGCACCGAGAACUGAAGGUGCCUGCCCAGGCCCCAGCUAGGAAGUGGGGGAGCAGGGAGGGACACUCAGUCUGACCCUGGCCUUCAUCGGGCCCUAGACCCCCGUGGGCAGUGUCACCCCCGUCUCACCAGGCCUGAGGACAGUUGGCCAGCGGCAGAGCCAGCACCAGAACUCAGCGUUGCCUGGUUGCAUGAACACUCAUAUCCUGCAGAAUCGAGGGGUCGGAGAGCAGAAGAAACAAGUGAGGAUGUUACUGCCAAGCCCUGUUUGAGUGGGACUUGGGCCUAGUCCCUCGGUCCCCUCCCAGGCAGGGCCAACUGGCUCCUGGUGCGGCGGCAGCUGCCAGGCAUCCCGAUUCCUGGGCUCCCCAGAGCGUUGCUGAACAAUGGAGGGUCAAUGGUGGGGCACUUGCUGGGUGAUCCUAGCACAGCCCGGCCUGCAGUCCAUCAGUGGGAAGCCAGGGCCCCUGCCCAGCUGGACCUUGACAAAUCACUUUAGUGGUUAGCACAAUUUCUUUGCAUGUAGUUAGGAUGGGCGUCUGAAGCGGCGAGGCAGACAGGCCCGUGAUGAAUUGUUUUUUUUAGGUCAGCCUGCACAAGUGAAAAUCAAUAGCAAUUCUUCUGUGUGAAGCCGGUUCUCCUGGCGCAUUGGAGAUGCCGAGCAGAUAUGGGGGUGGUGUCCUCGGCUCGCGCUGCCGGAUUAGCUGAGAUCAGGCCCGGGGUCAGCCAUUCUGACAGGCAGCAGGAAGACUCUCUUUCCUCCCGUAGGCAUUUGCCAGGGCAGGGGCAGAGGCCACUCUCCUCUGUCACUGAGCUCUUCAGACCCAGCUCUUGUCCGUGCGGCGAAGGGAGGCGGGCUGCUGGAGCUGCUGGGCUUUACUAGUCAUACCUGUUACUGGUCAUAUGGCCCCUCUCACUUUCACUGUGUCAUCUGUACCUCCUGACCACCCAGGCUGGUGUUCAGGCCUCACAGCUUUCUGGUCUAAAGGACUUGAGAAGACAAGUGAUUUUUUAAAAUUUCCCGGAAUGUCAUGCCAGGGCAGAUUAAGUCUCCCUGAGGAAUGGCAUCCUUGCUUGUUUCAGACCUUGAGGACACCCUUUCAGGGAUGCUUUGAAAACAGCUCUGGGGCCAUCCAGGAUGGUGCUGGUGGGCACAGCCCUUCCCCUCUGGGAGUCAGUUUUCCCAUCUGCCGAGUGGGUGUGUUGGACCAGAUGCAUGCUUUCCUCUCGGUGCCCAUUAAAUCCUCUGAGGAGGCCCCAAGGUUUUAGAUGGACGAUGGCAGAAGCGCAACAAGUGAAGUGGAGUGGGGGCCCGGAACCCUGCCCACUGGCUCACUGGGGCCCACCACCCCUACUACCGUUCCUAAGCAGGAGCGUGCCAAGUGCCUCCUCUGUUCCCUGGCAGAGAACAUGACCGUGGCAGGCAUUUCCCAGGAAGCUUUUAAGACCUUGUGCCUCUGAGAGAACUUAAGACUCGUCUUUGUUUCUGGUCCAUGAGCGGCAGUGAUGGUGACCGUGUUUGUUUGAACAGUGCUUCUGUGCCUCUCCGAGUGGGUGGACAGAGCCCGUCAUUGUUUACAGAAGGGAGCCAGGAGCACAGGGAGUAACUUGCCCACAGCCCAUGGCAAGCUAGCGGCAGAGCCCGGAUGCAGAUCCUGUCUGAGUGGCCCGCUUAGACAGGCAGGCGCAGUCUGGAAGAGCACGCUCAUUGUGAAGAAGCUGCCUGCCCCUGUUACACAAGGCGCGUGGGGUAAAUAAUACAGAGAGGGAAACAAAAAUAAAAGUAAAUCCACCAAAAAUGCAGGGGGUGUUGGGAAGCGCCCCUUUAAAUGAUGUCAGUGAAGACUUACCAGCCUUGAGGACACCCUUAGUUCCCCACCACAUGGGAAACUAAAUAUUCAAGAAUAAUUCUUUUUAAGUUUGAAAGCAGAAAACAUGAUGAUGUUGCACCAUGGCUGUGAAAAUAUUAAAGAAAGAUUUAGCUUAUAGACCAAAUCUGGAAGGGAAUGCACGUAAAUGAAAAUGGUGAGACCACAGUGAUUUGUAAUGAGAAUAAAAGCAACUGCCGAGUA